GAGUAAUUUGCCUCUUCCUCGGCCAAUGGGAACCGGGGCACUUUCCCAUCAAACCAAACCUUCCUUCCCCCCCGCCCCCCCACGCUCCUCUUUUCAGGAUCUCGAAGGAGCUUGUUUGUUCCAAAUGUUGGUGGGACGGGAUCCGAGGCGCACUGCACAGCCGGGCACCCGGGCGCCUCUCGUCUCUGGGGCUGUGUGAGUGCUCGAUCCCUGUCUCCUGCCGCGCGUCGAAGGGGCCACGUUGGGAGGCGCCGAGGGCGCGUGGGGCGCGCUUGGAUGGCCCUGGAUUCGCCCCCAUAAUGUUCCCAUGGGAUCCCCGCAACAGCCAGCCUGAGCCUUCGGACCCUGCGCCUCUACUCUCUGGAUUACCGCGCCUGGGAAGCUGCCUGCACCCUUUUGCCUCCCCCCAGCGCCGUCCUCGUUCGACCUCGGAGCAUGGCUUCGGAUCGGCCGGUCCCUGGGGCCGGGGGCAUCUUGGGAGAACUCCCGCCGUCUUACGCGGCUGCUGCCAGCUCAGAUCUGCUCCGGAGACCCAGCUACUGCCACGCUGCCUUUGCCCUCAAACAGAUCUCCAAGGGUAAGGCUGUGGGCCAGAAAGCCCCGCUGUGGCUGAGGGCCCAGUUCCAAGCCCUGCUGUUUACACUUGGUUGCUGGAUCCAGCAUCACUGUGGCAAAGUACUCUUUGUAGGGCUGCUGGUCUUCGGGGCGCUGGCUGUAGGACUCCGAGUGGCCUCCAUUGAGACAGAUAUUGAACAGCUGUGGGUGGAAGAGGGCAGCCGUGUCAGCCAGGAGCUCCGAUAUACAAAAGAGAAGCUUGGAGAAGAAUCUCUCUACACAUCCCAGAUGCUGAUACAAACUCCCAAACAGGAAGGAGAAAACAUCCUGAACCCAGAGGCCUUAGGAAUGCAUCUUGAAGCUGCUCUGGUUGCUAGUAAAGUACAAGUCUUACUGUAUGGAAAGUCUUGGGAUCUCAACAAAAUCUGCUACAAGUCUGGAGUCCCCAUAAUUGAGAAUGGGAUGAUUGCACGGAUGAUUGAGAAGCUCUUUCCCUGUGUUAUCAUAACUCCAUUGGACUGCUUCUGGGAUGGAGCCAAGCUGCAAGGGGGUUCUGCUUACCUUCCGGGCCGACGGGAUAUCCAGUGGACCAACUUGGACCCUAUUCAAUUGAUGGAGGAGCUAGGUCAGUUUGCCUCCCUGGAAGGAUUCAAGGAAAUGCUAGAUAAGGCAGAAGUUGGCCAGGCCUAUAUGGAGCGACCCUGUCUUGACCCCUUUGACCCUGAGUGUCCUGCCAGUGCCCCCAACAUCCAGAACCGAAAAGCACCAGACAUUCCCUCUGAGCUCACAGGUGGCUGCCGUGGCUUCUCUCAGAAAUAUAUGCACUGGCAAGAGGAGCUGAUCCUGGGAGGGACAAUGAAGGAUUUCCAGGGCAAACUACUGAGAGCUGAAGCCUUGCAGAGCAUGUUCCUGUUGAUGAGCCCACGCCAGCUUUUUGAGCACUACCGGGAUGAUUAUGAGAUACAUGACAUCAACUGGAAUGAGGAGAAAGCAGCUGCUGUCCUGGAAGCCUGGCAGCGGGAAUUUGUUGAGUUGGCCCAGGAAUCCCUCCCUGCAAAUUCCUCCCAGACUAUUCAUGCCUUCUCCACCACCACGCUCAACGACAUCAUGAAAUCCUUCUCAGAUGUGAGCAUCAUCCGUGUUGCAGGCGGGUACCUCCUGAUGCUGGCUUACGCCUGUGUCACCAUGCUGCGCUGGGACUGUUCCAAAUCGCAGGGUGCUGUGGGCCUAGCAGGAGUUCUUCUGGUGGCCCUUUCAGUGGCAGCUGGACUUGGACUGUGCUCCCUACUGGGAAUCUCCUUCAAUGCAGCGACCACACAGGUGUUGCCUUUCUUGGCACUGGGCAUUGGUGUGGAUGACAUGUUCCUCCUGGCACAUGCCUUCACUGAGACCAGCCAACACAUCCCAGUCAAGGAGCGGACUGGUGAAUGCUUACGGCGUAGUGGCACCAGUGUUGCGCUCACCUCUGUCAAUAACAUGAUUGCCUUCUUCAUGGCUGCCCUGGUGCCCAUCCCAGCUCUGCGAGCCUUCUCUCUGCAGGCUGCUGUGGUGGUGGUUUUCAACUUUGCCAUGGUGCUUUUCAUCUUUCCUGCCAUCCUGAGCCUGGACCUUCACAGACGUGAAAACAAGAGGCUUGACAUUCUGUGCUGUUUCUACAGCCUCUGCUCCUCCCGCGUCAUCCAGAUCCAGCCACAAGAAUAUGCUGAUGCAAAUGACAACCACGCUGCACCCACAUUUCCACAUGGACACCCAGCACUGGCCACCAGCACACGUAUCACCACCACGGUGCAAGCUUUCACCCAGUGUGACCCUUCUGGGCGACAUGUCGUUACCAUCCUACCACCCACGCAGCAUGUCUUCACCACCCCAUCCACUCUGCUACCUGCCAACCCAAUGGGUUCACAAGUCUUCACUCCUACCAGCUCCACUCGUGAUCUCCUGGCACAGCUGGAUGAGGGCAAAGGUGCCCAGGAGUGUGUCCCAUUGCCCUUUUGCCGAUGGAAUCUCUCCAGUUUUGCUCGAGAUAAAUAUGCACCUAUUCUUCUGCAGAGCCAUUCCAAGGGAAUUGUGGUGGCCAUAUUCCUGGCACUACUGGGCCUGAGCCUCUAUGGCACAACCAAAGUUCACGAUGGACUGUACCUGACAGAUAUUGUCCCACGAGGGACAAAGGAACAUGCCUUCAUUUCAGCUCAGUUCAAAUACUUCUCCUUUUAUAACAUGUUUGUGGUAACCAAGGGUAGCUUUGACUAUCCCAGCUCACAGGAGGCCCUCUAUGGCCUGCAUCAGGCCUUCAACGCCAUCCAGUAUGUAGUACGUGAUGAGAACCGCCAGUUGCCUAAGAUGUGGCUACACUACUUCCGGGAUUGGCUACAAGGUCUUCAGGCAGCCUUUGACCGAGACUGGGAAGCUGGACUUAUCACCAGGGAGAAUUACCGCAAUGGGUCAGAGGAUGGUGCCCUGGCUUACAAGCUCCUCAUCCAGACAGGCAGCAAGAAGGAGCCCUUCAAUCUCAAUCGACUGACAACCCACCGCCUGGUGAAUGAGAAUGGGAUCAUCCCCCCUGAUAUCUUCUACAUCUGUCUGACAGUGUGGGUGAGCAAUGACCCCCUUGGCUUUGCUGCCUCCCAGGCUAACUUCUAUCCACCACCACCAGAGUGGAUCCAUGACAAGUAUGAUGCCACUGGCGAGAACUUUCGAAUCCCAGCUGCACAGCCCCUGGAGUUUGCUCAGUUCCCCUUCUACCUCAAUGGACUGCGGCAGACAUCAGACUUCGUAGCAGCUAUUGAGAGUGUGCGUGCCAUCUGUGAUGAGGUGGCUCAGACACAUGGUGUGGUCAGCUACCCUAGUGGCUACCCUUUCCUCUUUUGGGAGCAAUACAUUGGCCUACGUCAUUGGCUCCUGCAAGCCAUCAGCAUUGUGUUGGCCUGCACUUUUCUGGUAUGCACCCUACUGCUACUCAACCCUUGGACUGCAAGCAUCAUUGUAUUUGUUCUGGCUAUGAUGACAGUUGAGCUGUUUGGUAUCAUGGGCCUGAUGGGCAUCAAACUCAGUGCCAUCCCUGUGGUCAUCCUCAUUGCCUCCGUGGGCAUUGGUGUGGAGUUCACUGUCCAUGUGGCACUAGGCUUUCUCACUGCCAUCGGCAACCGGAAUCUGCGCUCCACUGUGGCUCUAGAGCACAUGUUUGCCCCUGUGAUGGAUGGUGCUGUCUCCACUUUGCUGGGUGUACUCAUGCUGGCUGGUUCAGAAUUUGACUUCAUUUUGAGGUACUUCUUUGCUGUGCUCACCAUCCUGACAGUUCUGGGGCUGCUAAAUGGUCUGGUGUUACUGCCUGUCCUACUGUCUAUUAUUGGCCCACCAGCUGAGGUAACACCUGCAGAUAACGGUAGCCGCCUACCAACUCCAUCUCCUGUUCCCCCACCCAUCAGUCACCACAGUUUUUAUGUGCACCAGCAUGGUGGGGCCUUUACUGACUCCUCUGACUCAGAGUACUACUCAGAGAGCACUGGUGCAUCAGAUACUGGUGAAGAUGAUCGGAGCACCUAUAUCAUCCCCCCAACUCAGUCACACAUCUUGGUCAAGGCCAGCAAAAGCCCCAGCUUCCCCAAAAUCACGGUGGUGAAAAGCUACAAGACAAGCUUGGAGUCACCUCUGUCACUGUGUGGACCAGAGUGGACUCAGACCAUGAAUCCUGGAAGCCACUUAACUUCAUCCACCACAGAUGUCAAGGAAGCUUCACAGCAGCAAGAGUGGCCAAACCACAGACUAGGGCCUCAGCAGGCUCGGACUGCCCCCAUUCCCCUUUGGACCAGUCCCCAUGCCCACAGUGCCAAAGUGCCACCUCUUGGGACUGGUGGCUCCUUCACCACAGUUACAGCCACUGCCUCAGUGAUGCUGGCUUUGCACCCAUCCCUACCUGGCUCCUGCCGAGGCUAUACACAUGAGGGCUUUGAAUCUGACAGCCCUGAGGAUCCUGGCCUAGUCCUACCUGACAGCUUGGAACUGCAAGACUUAGCCCAGAGACCUUAGCUUCUUUCUUUCAUCAGGCCAAGACCCUGAUUCUAGAUUCCCACCUCAGGGAUAGGAUGUGCCCAGCAUCCCAGGUGGGGGUGGAGGCCCAGGUUGUUCUCUGACACACCCAAGGACUGUGAAGCAGAAUGGAUAUGUGGAAGCUCCAGCACAGUAACUAAUCAUCUUUAGAGAUAGACCGUGCCUUUGUGAACUGGAACAAGGAGAUGAGAUGAACUACUGCAGUAUCUGCCCGUUGAAAUGGUUGGUGGGUAUUCCUAGCACCUGGUACUCCACUCUCCCUUACCUUGUUUCUGUAGGUGUAUCUGCCACCAAAAUGCUUGCUGGGCCCCUUGGUUGCCAGGGUGCCUGGUUCCAAAACACUCGCAGUUUGUGUAUUUAUGUCGGACUGAUGACCGAUAUAGCCUUGGGUGUACUUACCUACUGACAGGGAAAGUUCCAGCCCUCAGUAUGGGAAGUGGAAGUGACCAUUUCCUUUAUGCUACAUGAAACACUUCAGGGCAGAGCAACAAAAUUGUCCAAACACCUCCCUCCCAUGGAGUGAACAGGACUCAACGUAUAUGUGGGGAACUCACCCACAUUGUGCUGCUAUUCUUUUAUUUUUAUUAAUAUUAAUAUUAUUAUUUUAAGCUGUAUAAAAAGAUUCACAGUUCCCCUUUAUAAUUAUAAUUAUAAUUAUUUUAUUAUUUUCACAGCUCCCUCAUUAAAAAAAAAAGUGGCAGUAUCCCUUUAAGGGGAACACCCGGCUGAGGUUCUAACGGGGAGAGCACCUCCUGGGAAUAUGGAGUGGAGGGAGCAUGCAAUGGAGGGGCACAAUGUGUCUUAAUAUUCUAUGCAAGCUGUGUGGGGCAGGCUGUGCUUUGCUCUUCCCACCAGCACAACUGCCUGUGCCAGUACCUGUCCUGUGGCUGUUUAAAAUUCAUUCUCCUCCCUAUCAUACCCACAUUCCCAACAUUUUCCUUUGUGCCCCACUCUGUAGCAUUUUUGCAUCUUUGUCAGCCCUAGAUAGUCCAUCACUAAAAUAUUCCCUAAGCAUACCUGUUUGAAAUAUCUGUUGAUGCUUUUAGCCCCAUCCUUCCCUAAUAAUAUCAGCGCAACAUCAUUUGUGUCCAACAGAAGAAAGGGAUCAUCCAGGAAAGAGAGACUUCUGUCUAUACAAGUUAUUGUCCAUAAAAAUAAGAGCUGACUUCUAGAAGGGUGAUUUCUAGAUAUGUGGAUUUUAUCUGUCUCCUUUCUAAUUCUGAACUUCAGGAGGUGUUUUGCACGAGAGAUUUGGUACUCUGAUGUUGAUGUCUGUGUAUAGCGUCUGGUACGACACUGUUUAUGGAGUGGGUGUUUCAGUUGGCUGGAGAGAACAGUAUUUGUGUAUGAAAGUAGGGUGCCCUUGUGAUAAAUUCUACAGCUCAUUGUCCUUCUUACUAACAGAGUUUUGGUGGGUCACUUCAGAUUCUUAUUGGGUUGCUAGUACCAUUUUGGGUCACUUCAUGCAUGAUAUUUUUCCUAUAGUGAGUUGAUUGGUUUCCUAAGCCAUGUGCUUGCUGCACCAAAAAAAAGAGAAAGCUUCAAAAAGAUGGCCUACAGAUCCUUCCCUAUAGAGAUGUUUCAGAACAUGAAAGAAACUUAUGUGUGAAAUUAUCUUUUGACUUGAGUCCAAGUAGGAAUUUUUAGGGUGACAAAUGUCUCCCUUUCAAAAAUACCCCAAUGUAGCUAUCAGAGGAAAAGGUGUUCUAAGGGAGAAGCAAGGAAUGAGUAAAACGUUUUAUGUCCUGCCCAUAAAAGAAUGAGUGCUGUGGUUGCAGUUUGUUUCAGAAGUCUGCCUUUCUGGUUUAGCUUCAUUGGCUGAAAAUCCAGAAAUGAACUAUCACUUGGCAGCAAGAUUGGUUCUAAAGGACUAAUUCCAUUUCCAUUCAGUAUGCUCAGUUUCCCCAUAACUAAGUAAAAAAUGCUUUAUGAAAGGUUUCAGUUUUUCCGUUCUACUUUAGAACAGAAAUCUGAAUUUUGUGUGAUAUUUCAAGUGCUGUUUUCUGGCCAGCUCUGCCCUGGGCAUUGCAAAAUAGUGGUUCACAUCCUCUGUACUGAAACACAAAACUUUUUGGAUUUUAAAAAAAUAUAUUAUUCUUUCUGGCGUGCUGUAAAGGAAAAAGAGGCUAGAUGGCAGCUAGCUCGACAGUGUUUAUGGCCCAUAAUCCUUUACAUGUUACCAACAGUCCUUUAUUGAAUUGCUGCUCCUUCCUAUUUUAGUUUGCAUCCACUGUAUAUCUGUUUUUUAAAAUGUUUUAUUCUUUCAUCUGCGGGUUUUUGGAGCUGCUGAAAUGCUGCAGUUUUCAGCACAUAUUUUAAAAAAAGAAAUAAUUACACUUUUAUUGAGAACUUACCCAAUACUCUAGAAGUGAAGCUGAAUUCUGAUAAUUUCAUUACUGAAAGAGUUGCUUCAGUUCAACAGACAGUGUGGGCAACUUCUUGGGAAACCCGUAAAAGGCAAGGGACACUGUUAUCUCCUUGAAGAAGAAACAGCCUCCCAACCCCACGUACAUCAAGAUGCAGGGACAGGCAGCAAAACUCGGUUUUAGCCUAGGGCUACAAUUUUAGCCUGUAUGGUAACAAAAUAGCUUGAGCUAGCCCUGAUUACAGGGUUGGGGAUUGUAGACUUCAAGAAACAACCUCCAAUUCCAGAAAUUGUUUAGCAUCAUUCCACACAAACACUAGACACAGUUUGCCAUCUGGCUGAUGUACUAAUAUUAGUGUGUUACAGUUUCUCCUCAAGAUUGAAUGAAAUAAGAUGUGCUGUUGACUUCUACUUCUUGCUGGCAUGACUGUUCCCCUUUGUGCCAAAUUCUGGAUAAAACAAUGUGCCUCCUUGGACAGAGACAUCACACCAACCAGCUGACUUACAAGAGAGUAGGACUAUUUUACCCUGAAAUCCAUUUUCCCAGUGAUGUCAUUCCUUCUAAAGCCCAAGCACUUUAAACCCCCUCUUUUGCCCAAUAACGACUGUAAUUCAUUCCACAGAUCACUCCAGAUUCCUUAUCCCUUGCUUGCUUCAAAGGGAGAUUCUGGUGAGGUUUGCACAUUUUGGUGUGAACUGUUUUGUAAAUUUCAGUGGGAUUAAUUUCCUGUUAAAAUAGAUUGAGAUGAUUCAAUUUAAAACUACCAGUGUUUUCUGGGGCCUGAAGAGGUUUCCCUUUACACACAUGAAAAAGGUUGACCCACCUGUUUGAACUUGUUCAGUUUUCCCCACAAUAAAACUACUGUCUAGGUUAGGAUCUGACAACUGACCUGCCUACCCUGUUCUAUUCUUUAUGUCCACCCACUGCCUAAAACAGCAAAGUGCUUCUAAAUAACCCACAAUAGAAGUGGUGCUUCUCUUCCGACCCCAAGACUGGGACCAGCAAAGCAAAAGGGAACAGUGGAAAUGGGGCAUAUUGUGUGUGUAUUUGUGUGCGUGAGUGCAUGUGAGUAUGUAGAGGCUUGCUGGAGACCUUUUAACCUGAAAUGUUGUCAUGCCAUCUAAAUUAUUUAUAUGGAAAAGAAAAAAAAGAUUUAUUUUUGUAGUUUGUACAAACCUCUAGCCUUACAAUGGAAGUUUUAUUUUUAAAAGUAAAUAUAUAUUAUAUAUAAACAUACAUUCUGAUGGUG